AUGUGGAGAGCAACAAGUAACAACCAAGAUCAAGGAGAGAGCAGCAGCCGUGGCGGCGGCGGAGGAGCCAAGUGGAGCGGCAGCUUGCGGGCGGGCGCGGUGCUGGCGACCCUGCUGGGCGUGUGGAGUCUGCGCGCGCUGCAGGUGUCGUCGGCGCCGACGGCCAAGUCGUGGGUGCGGGAGGACGGCCACGUGUCGGUGGUCAACUGCUCGGCGCUGUCGCCGCCCCCGGACACGCAAUUCUGGCAGGCCAUGGACCGGUGCUACGACUGUGCCGCCGAGCCGUCGUGCGGUUUCUGCCAGUCCACACUCACGUGCGUGGCCGGCAACCUGCAGGGACCGUUCGACCGCUACCAGGUUUGGUGCAGCGACUGGAUCCCGGAGGCCGAGGCUUGCCCCGUCAACCCGCAGUGCGACACCAUCACCGACUGCGGCACCUGCGCCGCGUCGGACGAGUGCGUCUGGUGCGCGUCGGACGCCUCGUGCAUGGCGGUGGAAGAGGGCUUCGGCUCGGGCUGCAAGGCGCUGGUGCGUGCAGCUGUAUCUUGCGAGUAG